GCGCCACACUGGCAGCCUCGCCCCCCUCUCCCCUCAGGAAACAGGGGUCCUUCGAUGAGAUGAAGCAGAUGAGUCGGAUCGUAAAACUCAACAAACACUAAACAUCACCAAGUCCAUGUGAGGAGAGGGACGUCCCAGGAUCCACCAUGGGUGACGCGGAGCUGGAGCUAUCCCCCUCCCCCCCAGAGGCAGAGCCCUCCCCUGGCCACGGGGGGCCCAGCCCCGCCCUGGACGUCAUCUCGGAGGGCAUGGGGGAGCUGACGCUGGUCAUCGACUCCGAGGUGGCCAAUCGGGCGUGCCAGGAGGUGCUGCUGAAGGUGAAGCAGCAGCAGCAGGGGGUGGAGGAGGGCUCCGAGGUCCCGGACCCCCACGCCGCCACCACCACCGCGACGACCACGACGACCACGACAUCGGAGCAGGGCCUCCCCAACGGCGACCCCGGCGGCCCCGGGACCCCCGGCGCGGUGACGGGCGGCGGCGUCUGCGGCGUGGGGGUCAAGGCCCCCCUCAUCCGGGAGGAGGAGGACCCCUCGUCGGCGGCCAAGAGCGCCCGACGGCGGCAACGGCACAACCCGUCCAAGCAGUCGUGGCUGCUGCGGCUGUUUGAGUCCAAGCUGUUCGACGUCUCCAUGGCGAUCUCCUACCUGCACAACUCCAAGGAGCCCGGCGUCCAGGCGUACAUCGGCAACCGGCUCUUCAGCUUCCCGCACGAGGACGUGGACUUCUACCUGCCCCAGCUGCUCAACAUGUACGUGCACAUGGACGAGGACGUGGGCGACGCCAUCAAGCCCUACGUGGUCCAUCGCUGUCGGCAGAGCAUCUCCUUCUCCCUGCAGUGCGCCUGGCUGCUGGGCGCCUACUCCUCGGACAUGCACAUCUCCACGCAGAGGCACUCCCGCGGCACCAAGCUGCGCAAGCUCAUCUUGUCCGACGAGCUGAAGCCGGCCGGGGCGCGGGCCCGCCGCGACCCGCCCACCCUGUCCCUGUUCUGCCCCUCGGCCAAGCCCCUCCACGGGGCGCUGGCGGCGGGGGGGGGCCCGGCGGGGGGGCUGGCGGGGCUGGGGGCGCUGGGCGGCGAGCACAGCCUGUCGCCCUCCAAGCGCACCCACCAGCGCUCCAAGUCGGACGCCACGGUCAGCGUGAGCCUCAGCAGCAACCUGAAGAGGACGUCCAGCAACCCCCGGGUGGAGAGCAACCAGGAGGAGACGGUGCGUCUGACCCCCCAGAGGGAGUUCAUCAAGUCGCUGAUGGGCAUCGGGAAGCGCCUGGCCACGCUGCCCACCAAGGAGCAGAAGACCCAGCGGCUCAUCUCGGAGCUGUCGCUGCUCAACCACAAGCUGCCGGCGCGCGUCUGGCUGCCCACCGCGCCCUUCGACCACCACGUGGUCCGCGUGCCGCACUCCCAGGCCGUGGUGCUCAACUCCAAGGACAAGGCGCCGUACCUGAUCUACGUGGAGGUGCUGGAGUGCGAGAACUUCGAGACGUCGUCGGUGCCGACGCGGAUCCCGGAGACGCGGAUCCGCAGCACGCGCUCGGUGGAGAACCUGCCCCAGUGCGGCAUGACGGCGGAGCAGCGCACAGCCUCCUUCUCCACCGUGCCCAACUACGACAACGACGACGAGGCCUGGUCCGUGGACGACAUGGGCGAGCUGCAGGUGGAGCUGCCAGAUGUGCACACCAACAGCUGUGACAACAUCAGCCAGUUCUCCGUGGACAGCAUCACCAGCCUGGAGAGCAAGGAGCCCGUCUUCAUCGCAGCUGGGGACAUCAGGCGGCGCCUCUCGGAGCAGCUGGCCCACACCCCCACCACCUUCAAGAGGGACCCCGAGGACCCCUCGGCCGUGGCCCUCAAGGAGCCCUGGCUGGAGAAAGUCAGGCGUAUCCGGGAGAACUCCCCGUACGGACACCUUCCCCACUGGAGGCUGCUCUCCGUCAUCGUCAAGUGCGGAGACGACCUCCGGCAGGAGCUGCUGGCCUAUCAGGUCCUCCAGCAGCUGCAGUGCGUGUGGGAGAUGGAGCGCGUGCCACUCUGGAUCAAGCCCUACAAGAUCCUGGUGCUGUCGUCGGACAGCGGCAUGAUCGAGCCGGUGGUGAACGCCGUGUCCAUCCACCAGGUGAAGAAGCACAGCCAGCUGUCGCUGCUGGACUACUUCCUGCAGGAGCACGGCUGCCCCACCACCGAGGCCUUCCUCUCCGCCCAGAGGAGCUUUGUGCAGAGCUGCGCCGGCUACAGCCUCAUCUGUUACCUGCUGCAGGUCAAGGACCGGCACAACGGGAACAUCCUAUUGGACGCCGAGGGCCACAUCAUCCACAUCGACUUCGGCUUCAUCCUAUCGAGUUCACCCAAGAACCUGGGCUUCGAGACGUCCGCCUUCAAGCUCACCUCUGAGUUUGUGGAUGUGAUGGGCGGUCAGGACAGGGACAUGUUCAACUACUACAAGAUGCUGAUGCUUCAGGGCCUGAUCGCCGCCAGGAAGCACAUGGACAAGGUCAUCGCCAUCGUGGAGAUCAUGCAGCAAGGCUCCCACCUGCCCUGUUUCCACGGCUCCGGGACCAUCCGGGGGCUGAAGGAGCGCUUCCACAUGUCGCUGACGGAGGAGCAGCUCCAGGUGCUGGUGGAGCAGAUGGUGGAGGGCUCCAUGCGCUCCAUCACCACCAAGCUCUACGACGGCUUCCAGUACUUCACCAACGGCAUCAUGUGACCUCCCACCCCCCCCCCCCCUCCUCCCCUCAA